UUUGCUGAGAUGCCCAGUGGGUAAUUCUGGUUCUGGGAACAAGUUACAGCCAAUGACAGCUUCUCUAGCUCAAGCCCUUGGGCUGUGCAAGCUUUGAACAUUAUUUAUCAUAACCGGUCCUUGUUUGGCUGGCAACUUCUUCAGAGGAGAAUAUCCUUUCUCAUUAGCAGUCAGGGAGGUGCUGCAAUCUGAGGGAAGUGCUGUGAAGGUUCUCCAAAACUUGAAAACCACAGCUGCAAAGAAGGACUGCCACAACAGAAAAAGUUGCAUGGAAAAUUGGAGCUUUCUGUUUCUCAUGAUGUGAUUAGCCAACAAGAAUUUUCAAAGGGAACCCUCGAAGGACAAUCGUUGUACAUUAAAAACAGGAGAGUUUAAAAGAACAGCGGUGACCACAGGCCUCCCCUUUAACCCAGAAGCAUUACAACAAACUCUGAAGUGAUUCACAAUGCAAACCAGCAACAUGAGUUCAGCUAUCCAGAAGGUGGAGGCUCUGGAUACGCAGCGGAUGGUCCGAGUUCAUUGGGAAGAUGGGGGUGAAUCACUGUAUCCUGCCGUUUGGUUGAGAGAUAAUUGCCAGUGCUGUGAUUGCUACCUAAAUUCUGCAAAGGCUCGGAAACUUCUUAUCGAAGCCCUGGACAUUAACACUGGUGUAAAGAGCCUGAUUUUGACAGAAAGAAAAAAGGUCCACAUUAUAUGGCCUGAUGAACAUUCCAGUGAAUUUGAAGCUGCCUGGCUGAAGAAAAGAUGUUUUUCUCAAAAAUCUAGAGCAAAGUUCCAACAAGAAUUAUUCUUUCCAGAGUGCCAGUAUUGGGGCUCAGACCUGCAGCUUCCUACCAUGGGUUUUAAAGACAUUUUAAGCAGUGAUGAACAUGCAUAUAAUUGGCUGUCCACCCUGAAGAAAGUAGGCAUUGUGCGGCUAACAGGAGCUUCUGCCAAGCAAGGAGAAGUGGCUAAACUUGGUAAAAGGAUUGGCUUCCUGUACCUCACAUUUUAUGGGCAUACUUGGCAAGUGCAAGACAAAAUAGAUGCUAACAAUGUGGCUUACACAACUGGGAAGCUAAGCUUUCACACUGACUACCCAGCUCUGCAUCAUCCACCUGGGGUUCAGUUUCUUCAUUGCAUAAAGCAAACAGCCACUGGUGGCGAAAGUGAAGUUGUUGAUGGCUUUAACGUAUGCAGAAAACUGAAGGAACAGAAUCCUACGGCAUUUCAAAUCCUCUCUUCAACCCUGGUGGAUUUUGCAGACAUUGGGAUUGAUUACUGUGACUUUUUAGUGCAAUCCAAGCACAGAAUCAUUGAGCUUGGUGAUAGAGACCAAGUGGUUCGUAUUAACUUCAAUAAUGCCACCAGAGACACAGUGUUUGACAUACCUGUGGAAAAUGUGCAGCCAUUUUAUGCUGCCUUGAAAGAGUUUGUUGACCUUAUGAACAGUCAAGAAUCCAAAUUCACCUUCAAGAUGAACCCAGGUGAUGUGAUAACAUUUGAUAACUGGCGUUUACUGCAUGGUCGACGCAGCUAUGAAGCAGGGACAGAAAUAUCACGCCACCUUGAAGGUGCUUAUGCCGACUGGGAUGUGGUAAUGUCAAGACUCCGUAUUUUAAAGCAAAAUAUCCAGUACGGAAAUUGAAUUUUCGCUCCAGAAUUUGUUAUAGUAACACCAAUAAAAAGACAGCCAUUUCUUUGGGAUAUGACCAAUUAUACUUUGCGAUAUGCCUAUAUAUGUAAUGCCCAAAUACCACAAUCAGUAUCACAGUCUUGAUAACCUCAUUUUCAAAUUAGAGUUUUGUGAUUAAAAUAUGACCAGUCAUUCAGUGUAGCUUUUCCUUUGUCAUUGUAGAAAUAGUGUCAAUGACUUAUAUACAAGUAGUGACUUAAUAUUUUUUCCUCUCUACAAAUAAAAUUUCACUUCAACUAGA